AUGUUUAACCUGCUCCUAUCGUGGACCUUCCUGCUGGUAGCCACUGGCCCGCUAUUGGCACAUCCCAUCACCGACUCUGCAGAGAUGCCCUACCUAGGUCCUGUAUCCGUGGAAGAUGGAGGAGCAGGUAGUCCAGACGAGCUGUCUUUCUCUGAGCAGACAUAUCUUCCCCAAGGUGGCCCUGGACUCAGAUACUCACCCCUACUGUCUGGAGAUCUCAGCAGAGAUGGUCUCAGUGCAGCUGGACUACUCGAAAGACAGAUGAAGAGAGAUCAGUGGCUGGAGAAACAGAGUCACCUCAACCCCUUCAGCCACGUCUUUGGCGUCAGGAAGCUGUCCAGGAAAAGAGGAGGUGCCUCUGAGUGCUUCUGGAAGUACUGUGUCUAA